UUUUUUUUUCUUUUUUUUUCACUUUUUUUUUUAAAUUUUUUACUACGAGAAAUACCAAAAUAUAUAACAAUGAAAAAGAAAAAGGUAAAAUUCAAUAUAAAUAAUAUAACUGAUUAACUUCUUUUUAGGUCUUAUUGAUGGGAAAGAGCGGAUCAGGAAAAACAUCCAUGCGUUCCAUUAUAUUUAGUAAUUAUAUAGCAAGGGAUACAAGACGACUAGGAGCAACAAUCGAUGUGGAACAUUCUAAUGUCAAGUUCUUGGGCAACCUUGUCUUGAACUUAUGGGAUUGUGGAGGUCAAGAAGCUUUUAUGGAAAAUUAUUUUGCAUCACAAAGAGACCGUAUAUUCAAGAAUGUCGAAGUACUCAUUUAUGUAUUUGAUGUGGAAAGUCGAGACUGGGAAAAAGAUUUACACUAUUAUCAAUCAUGUUUGGAUGCUAUUUUGGCCAAUUCAAAAGAAGCGCGUAUAUUUUGUCUUAUUCAUAAAAUGGAUCUUGUACCCGAACAUCAACGUGAUGAAAUAUUCAAUGAAAGAUUGGUUGAAUUACGUACAAGAUCUGAACCAUUACAUAUUGAAGGUUAUUGUACUUCUAUUUGGGAUGAAACCUUAUAUGCUGCAUGGUCUCAAAUCGUCCACUGUUUGAUACCCAACAUUCGUACUCUAGAAUCACACCUUGAUAACUUUUGUAGAAUAUGUGAUGCUGAUGAAGUAGUAUUAUUUGAAAGGACUACUUUUUUAGUAAUCGCCAAUGCUGCUACUAUUAAACAUCAAGAUCUACAUCGAUUUGAAAAAAUCAGUAAUAUUAUUAAACAAUUCAAUCUCGGCUGCAGUCGAUCACAAACAAGAUUCAAAAGUAUGGAAAUCCGAGGUAGCUCUUUUACUGCCUUUAUUGACGUUCUUACCAACAAUACUUAUGCAAUGAUUGUCAUGUCAGAUCCAAAUAUACAAUCUGCUGCUACUUUAUUGAAUAUUUCGGCUGCUAAGAAACAUUUUGAAAAACUGGAAGGACCUCAGUGAAU